CCAUUGGUAUUAUGGAAAUAUUCUUGGAGCCCCGAACAGCCGUGUAGUGGUGGAAAGAAAUGAAGCGCAAACGGCACGAAAUUGACAUGAGUGGUAGUGCGUUGGGCGGGCGGGUGAGCGUCAGUCGCAGGCGGAACGACGGAGGCGCUUGCACGUCGUGGUCUCCUUGGAAACGUUAACCGAAGCCAUUUUCGGGCCAAUAACUAUACAUCGGUUUUGUAUUGUUCUGUGAUUAACAAUCGGUGGUGACCUUAACGAGCCAGACGCCAGAGGCUAAACACAGUAACGAUUUGAACGCCCCACCGCCAAAACUCUCAGCUAGAUGGAGCCACUGUCACUAUAUUAUCAUAGAAUCAUUCGAUCUACUAUCAACGUUGCGUUUGGCGCCAAAAUUGCACAAAGUAGCUGAUACACGAAUGCGUACGUAUCAUCGAAAAUCAAAUUCUGUAAAAUAAUAAAACGAUCAUAUACAAUAAUAUGUUUUGGUAUUAUCGAUAAACGGUAGUAAUAAUUAGUUUAUUCAUUGUUCCACGAUAGUUGGUAUAUUAACAAAAUAUUAGUUAUCAUAUGAAGUUAAGUAAAUAGGUGAUGCGCAUGUUUUUACGAUUUUUUACUGACGUCUGACACAGCAGCUGCAGCUAACGUUGUACUGCUUACUUCGAUUUGAAAAGUGGUCUGCGUGCGAUGUCCGGCGAUAUGAACUCCAACGACGAUGAUCUAAAAGCUUUGGCUCUGUUCUUGGAGGCUGAAGUUGAUGGUGAUCCGAGAACUGCAGAAAAAAUCAUAGAACCCAAAGAGGAUGUUAUAAAGGACAACACUGACAACGGUAGUCUACUGCCUGAAAAUUCUGGAAAAGCAAAUGGAACAUUUAGUGACUUUUUCAAAUCAAUGAAGUCGAAAAUCGUUGAUUUGGAUGAAGAGGUAGUUAAAUGUGAACCAAAGAAGAAGUCAAUACCCAAAAUACCGAAAUUUGGUUUUGAUCCCUUAGCAGACCCUGUGUUUGGUUUACGUAUAAUCAAUCCGUUGUUGUCAUCUCAGACAAUUCAAGACAGAAUGAUUGGUAAAGUGCCGGUGCCUGUUGGCCGAGUGAAAACACAUCUGAAGUCUGCAGACGAUUCUGAUUGGGUUGUAGCCGGCGUUUUGGUAAACAAAUCUCUCCCAAAGACUUCACAAAAAGGUUCUACUUUUAGCAUAUGGAAAAUAAGUGACUUAAAACCAGGUUUAAUGAGCACUGUUACAAUAUUUUUAUUUGGCCGCUCACAUGCUGACUUGUGGAAAACAGACAUAGGAUCUGUAGUUGGAAUACUAAAUCCAAAAGAAAUGGAUGGUAAAGACAAGAAGGAUGAAAUAGCAUUAUCCAUUAAUAGUGGUGAUCAAGUGAUGUUGUGGGGUAAAUCCAAAGAUUAUGGAACUUGUAAAGGAACUAAGAAAAAUGGAGACAAGUGUGAUAUGUUUGUUAACAUUAGUAACUGUGAUGUUUGUACAUAUCAUGUAAAACGAGAAUAUAUCAAGCAUUGUAGCCAAAGAGCAAAUAUUGGAAAUUCUAGACCAACAGCAGCCCACAGCUUACGAGAUAAAGUAUUGGGCAAAAAUGAGGUGUUUUAUGGUGGUCAAAGUUUUGUGUCUACUAAAUCUAAUCAUUCAAAAUUAAUGAAAGAAGACCAAGUGAAGCUUCAACGAUUGAAAUCUACCAAAACGCCUACAUUAGGCCCAAUUGAAACUCUUACCACCGCACCUCGUGCUACUAUUGCUAAUCGUCGAGCUACUGCUAUUAAAGACUUUGUUAAUGAUUUAAAAACCAAUGAAAUUAGUGGUUCAGGAAAAAAGAAUAUUGAUCAUAAAGAAAUUCCAAAAAUGUGUACAUUCAAAGACAUAUUAGGUAGCUCAUCAAACCUUAAAAAUUUUGGAUCCAUGCGCUCAAAAUGUGCCAAAGCUAAUGCAUUGAAUUUUAUUAAAUCAAAUGGGACAAUCCAAAAAGAGAAUCCCCAUUUAUUUGAAAAAAGUAAAGGUGGUAAAAAAAGAAAAUUGCCCGAAGAUAUUGUUUUAGAUUUAGGCAUAGAAAAAAAAGCUGCUGUUGAAGAAAAAGUUUCAUCAAGAUUUUUGGAACUUAUGAAAGCUACUUCUCAGAACCAAGACCUUAUUGAUACAGCUCAGCAAGAAGCUGAAGACAAAUAUUUUGAUCAGAUGGAUAAAAAGGAAAAAAUGGAAUACAAAAUGAUGAAUACGUACAAGGUGCCUUGCAAAGCUGUACGUUGUAUGGUGUGCAAAUAUACUUGGUUUUCAGCAUCCGAAUGGUGUAAAACUGAAAAACAUGCAUUGCGUGUAAUGGAUGCUACUAAAAGAUUUUUCAAAUGCAAUGAUUGCAACUCAAGAAUCGCUUGUUUGACAAUGUUCCCUAUGAUUUCGUGCAAAAAUUGCAAUGGUUCCAAAUGGGAACGAGCACCGAUGAUGGGUCACAAAAAGGUUGAUGAAGUCCAUUUGAGUAUUCGUGGAGAUGAACAAACAUUCUUGAGCUCUAUGCAACCAAAACUUAGUAUGGGCUUAAUGGUAGCAGAAGAAGAUUGAUUUGUGAUCAUUUGCUUCACAUUUUCUUUGUAAAUAUAUUUGUACUUAAUGUAAUUAAUAAUUAAUUGUUUGGUAGUUACUAGAAUUUUAAUAUUAAAAACUAACCAAUUUUAUAUAAA